GGGUGGUGAGCGGUGGGGACACCCUCGGCGGCGUGCUGAUUCCGGAGCCAGGGCUGACCCCAGCUCGACACUUUGCACGGUGUGGCCUGGGAGAAUGAGUAGGAUUUUCGCAGGCCGAAGGGAAACCCAGCGGAGGAGGGCUUCCCUCGCUGGUGUAGCAGUUUCCGUUUGCCGAGACUAAUAGUAAACUUAAUAUCUGUCGGAUGGCGCGGGGGUUCGUCUCGUUCCUGGGUUACAGAUGAAGAAACAGUGGUCUGAACCCAGAUUUAGUUACAUAUUAGCUGUGUGACCUUGGGCCGGAAACGGACUUAAACUGUCAUUUUUCUCAUCCGUGUAAUGCAAAUAGAGGACUUGCUGCGUGGGGCUGUGGGAAUCUGCCAGGAGUUAAUGCAUUUAAAGUGCUUAGCACAAUGCCUGACACACGCACGCUGCAUCUUACACCAGUUCAGUUACAUAUUUGUCUCCAUUGUCAAACGCAAGGCACUGCUAGAUGCUGAGAGCAACACACUGAUGCAAAAGACUUGAAACUUGCCCUUAAGGAGCUAAUGUGGCCUGAAAGUAUGGCAGGAUUUCUAUAGUGUAUCUAGCAUGAGUUCCAGAUCUUGGCAUUUUAUCCAGCUUCGACACUCUUAUCUCCACCUCCUGGAGAAUAAAUGGGAUUUGCAUGAAUUCCACAUUCUGAAUUGAAAGACAGACUGCAUUGCUAAUAGCCUUCUCUUCUGAUUGUUAAUAACAGUCAGCACUUAGAAGCACCACAAUCAUCAUUUUUGAAAAAGCUGUUACUAUUGCAAAGCUCCAGAAAAUUAAAUGUCGUCAGAAGACCGAGAAGCUCAGGAGGAUGAGUUGCUGGCCCUGGCGAGUAUUUACGAUGGAGAUGAAUUUAGGAAAGCAGAGUCUGUCCAAGGUGGAGAAACCAGGAUCUAUUUGGACUUGCCGCAGAAUUUCAAGAUAUUCGUGAGCGGCAAUUCAAAUGAGUGUCUCCAGAAUAGUGGCUUUGAAUACACCAUUUGCUUUCUGCCUCCACUUGUGCUGAACUUUGAACUGCCACCAGAUUAUCCAUCCUCCUCCCCACCUUCAUUCACACUUAGUGGCAAAUGGCUGUCACCAACUCAGCUGUCUGCUCUUUGCAAGCACUUAGACAACCUGUGGGAAGAACACCGUGGCAGCGUGGUCCUGUUUGCUUGGAUGCAGUUUCUUAAGGAAGAGACCUUAGCAUACCUGAAUAUUGUCUCUCCUUUUGAGCUCAAGAUGGGUUCUCAGAAAAAGGUGCAGAGAAGGAUGGCUCAAGCCUCCCCCAGCACAGACCUAGCUUUUGGAGGAGCUGCUGGAUCCGAUGUUGACCAAGAGGAAGUUGUGGAUGAGCGAGCGGUGCAGGAUGUGGAAUCGCUGUCGAGUCUGAUCCAGGAAAUCUUGGACUUCGAUCAAGCUCAGCAGAUUAAAUGCUUUAACAGUAAAUUGUUCCUGUGCAAUAUCUGUUUCUGUGAGAAGCUGGGUAGCGAAUGCAUGUACUUCCUGGAGUGCAGGCACGUGUACUGCAAAGCCUGUCUAAAGGACUACUUUGAAAUCCAGAUCAGAGAUGGCCAAGUUCAGUGCCUCAACUGCCCAGAACCCAAGUGCCCUUCGGUGGCCACUCCUGGUCAGGUCAAAGAGCUAGUGGAAACAGAGUUAUUUGCCCGCUAUGACCGCCUUCUCCUCCAGUCCACCUUGGACUUGAUGGCAGAUGUGGUGUAUUGUCCCCGCCCCUGCUGCCAGUUGCCUGUGAUGCAGGAGCCCGGUUGCACCAUGGGCAUCUGCUCUAGUUGCAAUUUUGCCUUCUGUACCUUGUGCAGAUUGACUUACCACGGGGUCUCUCCAUGUAAGGUAACUGCUGAGAAAUUAAUAGACUUACGAAAUGAGUACCUGCAAGCAGAUGAGGCCAAUAAAAGAUUUUUGGAACAGAGGUAUGGCAAGAGGGUGAUUCAGAAGGCGCUGGAAGAGAUGGAAAGUAAGGAAUGGCUAGAAAAGAACUCAAAGAGCUGCCCGUGUUGUGGGACUCCCAUAGAGAAAUUAGAUGGAUGUAACAAGAUGACAUGUACUGGAUGUAUGCAAUAUUUCUGUUGGAUUUGCAUGGGUUCUCUCUCUAGAGCAAACCCUUAUAAACAUUUCACUGAUCCUGCUUCCCCGUGUUUUAAUCGGUUGUUCCAUGCUGUGGAUGUUAAUGGAGAUAUUUGGGAAGAUGAGAUUGAAGACUAGUUAACUCCUGCUCAAGAUAAGGAAAUGGAAUGGUUUACCCAAAUCUUGUGUCAAGUACACAAAAUAGUUUUGCAGGUUAUUUAGGGUACCAUUUAUGCACUCAUCCUUUGUAGAAGAUGUGGAAGAACAAGGUUUAUAUUUCCAUGUGGUACUACUGAUAAAGGCACAUGCACACGUUUUUCAAUGUAACAUAGAGAAAAUUAUAAGCCAAAGGUUCAUUGAAAACUAGAGAAUAUUAAAUACUACAGUGUGCCCGAAGCUCUGAAUAGUUAAAAAGUAAAUAUUUAUUUUCUUCCCCAAGCUUUAGGUGAAGAGAGGAGUCAAGAGUUAAAGUUAUAGACCUUUUUAUCUGAAAGCAUCCCUCUAAGACAUUAGGGGGAGUCCCCUCAGUACUGCUCCUUAUGACUGGGGUAGGUAGAAAGAAGCCUUAUUAAAAUUGUACCAAGAGCCUGAUCUCAUUUACUCCAUGUCAUGUUCCUUUCACCCUAAGUUUCUGCCAAGUGACUUUUCUUUGAGGAAGCCCUUUUAGUCAGUAACUGAUUGGAUGACCCAGUGUCAUUUUGAUCUGCUUUUCAGAAUAGAAAUUUAUAGAUAAUUUAAAAAAUCUUUUUAAUGCCAAAAACACUGUGGGCCAGCUGGUAUUUAUUAGUGGGGUAUAGUUCACUGGUUUUGAGCCCAGUCUAGAAUUUAAUGAUACUGGCUCAGAAGAAUUUCAGUCCUAUUCAGCUCUUCUGGGCGGUAGAGCCUAGAUUCAAAAUGACUUGUCUUUGCUACCUUUUGUUCUACGCUCUCUCCCUUCACUCAUGCCCUACCUUCCAUUAGUAAGGACAAUUUUAAUAUUAACUCCAGCAGCUCAUAUUUUUAUUUAUGCUGGAAUAGGAGAAAGCCUAAUAUAUUCCCAAGCUGAACAAGCUGCAUUUUUUAAAAUUACCUCUAUUUUGAACUCCCCACCAUUGUAGUUCGAGUCCCAAUUUUCUGAAUUCUUUUUAAAGGUCUUCUCUAAUGAGCUAUGGAAAUUUGGCUUCCUACCCUUUUUUGCAACAGCACUAUUUUGGGGGAUAAUUUUGGCUUGAUUCCUAGAUCCCUGUUUCUGGAUUUUGAUGGCUUUUUGAAAAAUUGUCUUUCCUUGUGGUUUGGUGAAUGGCUUGGUAGCAAAAUGAUUUUUUGAAAAAGAGGACAGAAGGAUACAGCUGCAGCUGUGAACAUGUUCUUUUUUCCCAACUUGUCAUUGAAAAUUGGGGAAUCACUUUGAACCAUUUUAUGUGUGUGUAUCCAGAGUCAGCAAGGACUGUUUCUGGAUUGUCAAUGAGGCUGCUUAAUCUUAAAAAUAAAAAUAAUUUAAAAAUUGUCUUAUAAUUAGA